AUGAAGGAGCAAAAUGUGUUCUUGUUAAUUGGUGGACCAAAAUUAUUUCCUUUCAAGAAUAGAAGAAAGUGUGAUGUGAGAAGUUGGCCUUCUUUGAAGGAAUUAUCUCCAACACCUUCUAUUAGGAGCAAUGAUGGAGAAGAAGAACCGCUUAAUCAACAACAAGUGUCAAAGACGUCAAGUGAUGAUUUCCCUAGCAAUUGGAGUGAUUCAAGUGAUGAAGAUUCAAGUGAUGUUGUGGAGAUUGAUGCAAGUGAGUUUGUUCCAAAGAGCAAGCUCCUUGAAGAUAUUGAAGAUGCACAUUCAAGCAUGUAA